UUGAAAAAUAUUUUCUUUAGUUAGUGUUGACAAGAGAUCAGCUGAGGUGACGGCAGCUGCCAGGACCAUCACAAUCAUCUAUCUCACUCUUAAAAUGGGACAUUUAUUCUCUAAAAGGAAGAGCAGAGUGACAGAACACGACAAAGCUUUACUGCAACUAAAAACAACUCGAGACAAGAUCCAUCAGUACCAGAAGCGAUCAGAGGCAACAGUUGAAAAAGACAGACAACUUGCAAAGAAGCUUAUACGAGAUGGUAAAAAGGAACGGGCCUUGUUACUGCUGCGCAAGAAGAAGUUUAUAGAGGAACAGCUGAAGAAAACCGACGGAACACUAGAUAAUAUUGAAAAAAUGAUUCAGGACAUUGAAUUUUCUCAGAUAGAAAUGCAGGUGGUUGAUAGUCUGAAGAUUGGCAAUGAGUCGCUGAAACAGAUCAAUGCAAUGCUCAGUAUUGAAGAUGUCGAGCACAUCUUGGAUGAGACUCAAGAGGCAGUGGAAAAACAACGGGAGAUUGAUGCUCUUCUAAGUGGAGGGUUGCUAACAGAGGAAGACGAGACUGCUGCGGAGGAAGAACUGGAUGCCAUUAUUGCUGAUGCUAUUCAGAAACGGCUACCUGAGGCUCCCACAGAUGUUGAGAAUCCAGAAGUGGUGCUUCCUGAUGUUCCUGAAACUCUGCCGGAGGCAGAGAAGAAGGUGCAGAAAGAAAAGGUUGCUAUGGCGGCAUCCUAAUACUUGGCUUAUGGUUCCCCAUUCAUAUAUGCUUCCUAUGGGAUUGCCUUGGCUCGAGUACCCUGAGUGCUGACUUUGCUAGACAGUGGUACAUCAACAAUAUUCCAAGUACAGUAUUCAGUGUAAUAAAUGAUCUCCAAUAAGAUUGAAUUUUAUUAGGGCUCAAAUAUUUCGUUAAGAUUGGCACAGUUCUUACAUAUUGCAUCAUUGCAGACAUCUUUAAAUGAAGUCAGCCAACAGUAAUGAUUUAUAAAUGCACUCAUGAAGAAUUAUGUUAACCCCUUGCACACAAGACAUUUUGUGCAUGUCAGACUUCAUAUUUUUACCAAAAAAGUGGUAAAAUAUUUUUAUAUUUCCUCCAUACCACACAAAACUGUUUUGAAUGACAUUAAUAAUUCUCAGUGUAGAAAUUUUUUUUAUUCCACAUAUGGUAUAAUGAAUAUCAAUCAAUUUUAGACACAUUAUUAUAUUUGCCACAAAGCAGUAUAAUUCAAACUCUAGUCUUGUUUAAGGUACUUUCUGCAUAAACAUUGAUAUAUCUGCAACCAUAAAUGGGUAAAUUACUGACAAGGAUAACUAAUAUGACAUUUUAUUGUGACAAUAUUUUGCACUCUUGGAGAGAGAAAUAUUGCCAUAAUAUAAUAUUAGUUGCAUCUGUAUCCAUUUAACUAAUGUUUUCUCAGUAAAUGAAAAAGAAUACUAUAUAAAACAAAAGGAACAUGUGAAAGACUUUGGAAUAAUUAUGUCAGCUGACCUUUCUCAAAGAAUAUAAUAAGAUAAAGGUCACGACAGGGUGGAUAUUGAGAACCUUAAAAACAAGGAAAUAAUGCCAGCAAUGAUAUUUUUCAAAUUUCUAGUGCUUCCUCAUUUGGAACAUUACUCCAUGUUGACAUCCUUGUUCAGGGCAGGAGAAAAUAAAGAUUAUUUACAGCCAGUAAAGCAUUUAAAUUACUGGGAACACCUUAAAAUCUUGAAUACAUACUCAUUGGAGAGAUACACCUGGAAAAUACUAAAGGGCCUGGGUCCCAAAUCUGCAUGCUGGAGGAAGUGAAAAGCAGGAGUGCGGUGGGAACACCAACAUCGAUGGUCCCAGACUGUAUCAAACACUGAUGGGACAAGUGUAUAAGUCUUCAAGAGGAAGUGACAAGUAUCUUCACCAGGCUGUGAUAGACACAUGGGUCAACAGCCUGGCCCCUGGGAGUAGAAACUCUUGGUAUUCAUCAAAGGUAACAAUCAUAAAUAAUGGAAGUCUUUCACUUAAUUUUGUACUGAUAGUCACUUUUUAUAUCAUUAUAAUGAAAGGUGCUAUAAAAAAUAUAUACUAUCUCAAAGUGAUGAUUUUAAUUAAAUAAUGCUGAGUACCUCUAAAUUUAUUUACCACUCGACAGUUUUCGGCUUUGCUCAUUUAUUACUUAUUGAAUACAGUAGUCUAUGUCUUCCUCACAAUAUAUUAUAUAUCUAUGGUGUGUUUUUAAGGUUGCCACAUUAAGACAAAAUGAAAUUUCAAUUGUUAAGAAACACAGGUUCCUAUCUGUGGAUGAUGCAAGUGGUUUUUCUGAAACCAAGCAUAUUGGGUUUAGCACUUAGUUAUCAGUUUAAUAAUAAUAUUACCAAGUAUAUGGCUUUCUUAUUGUGUGAUAACUGCAGUUAACACUGGUUGGAGUUCCUUUGUGGCUCAGAAUUUAUGACCCAGGAGUAUUAAGCAUCUUGGAAGGCACACUUCACAAUGUGUGAAGUAUGUCUUUUUUAAGUGCUAAACCCUAAAGAUUAUUAUCAUGGAGGAGCACUAAACCCACAGGGAUUAUGCAUGACACUAAAGAGUUGUGUAAUGUCUCAUGGCUCGAGAUAAGAGAGGCAGUGAUUUUAAGGGAAGGACAUUGGAAGAAAGUGAAGGGAUUAGAAUUAAUGUAGUAAAUCUGAAACUGAAUUUUUUUUUUAUUAUAAUAAUGUGUUAAACCUACAAGGGUCUUAAGAAACCAAAGCUAUGGUGUAUAUGCAUGGAGCAAGCUUAUGCUUUGAGGACAAAAUAUUUUCCUUUUGUGUGCAAGAUAAAAUUCUCUCAGGGUAAUGAAUUACAUAGGAUUACUAUAAUGUGUGCCUAUUAGAAUUUUGUAUAGUAUAAAUAUUGGCUGUUUAGCACCAGUGCAAGGGGUUGAUAUUUUACAUAAAAUUUUUCUACAAAACAUUGGCUGGCAGAGCAUAAUCACUCAAUUUGCUAUUAACUGGAGUUUAAUUUAUAUGUAUUCUCUGAUUUCAGACUGUGUUGAUAAGACAAUGUGAUUUACAAAAUAUUUAACAAUCAUGAAGCAAAACCUGAAUAUUUUGAUCACAUGAAAAAAAUGGUACAGUAUUGAAUUUUUGAGCAACAUUAAUUUUUAUCAUGCAGUAAUAUACUGAUUACAGUUAUUUUACAUGUUGCAAGUCAAUUAAUUUGCCCAAAUUAAUUGUAAUCUUUACUGUAUAUCAUAAUUAACCAUUUGAUUUCUGUAUAACAAUUAUAAAAAUAUUUUUUUAUCUACUAAAAAAUAAAACGUCCAGUGUUACAGGUUGUAAAAUGACCUAAACAGCAUUUGUUCUAGUCUUAAAUGUAAGUCUUAUAAACCAUACCAUGGGUUCUAACCCCAUCCUUGGUAUGGUUUGUUUGCAAUCAUGUCAUUACAAUUUCGUGAGUUAAGUCUUAUAAGCUUGAUGAUUUGUUUUGUACCUUGUAGAAUGUUCUAGGAUAAAUGUGAUAUAUUUAUAUGAACUCUCAAUAAAUAAUUGUGUGA